GCCAGCCAGAGCUCAUCGACUCAUCUAGACCAGCUAGCUCGUAGCCCAAUUCAUUUAGUAGCGAGGUACUAGUUAGCAAGAGAGAAAUUAAGAGAGAGCCAGUCAGGCAGGCAAGAAUCAAUGGCCGAUAGGGUGGCGACGCUGUCGACGGAGAAGGCGGUGGUGGUCUUCACGGCGAGCCAGUGCCCGAUGUGCCACACGGUGCUGAGCCUCUUCUCCGACCUCAGCGUGUGCGCGGCGGUGCACGAGGUGGACCAGGACCUGCGAGGCCGCGAGGUGGAGCGGGAGCUCGCCCGCCGCCUCGGCCGCACGCCGCCCGUCCCCGCCGUCUUCAUCGGCGGCAACCUCGUCGGCUCCACCGACAGGGUCAUGUCGCUGCACCUCGCCGGAAAGCUCGUGCCCAUGCUCAAGGCGGCCGGGGCCAUAUGGGUCUGAGAUCUGAAUCCGUCGGCCGUCCAUCUAUCCAUCCACGCAUGGAGAGAUCAAGAAUAAGGCUAACUAUAUAUAUAUAUAUAUAUAUAGUCCCGCCAUCAAUUUUGUUUCAUUUAUAAAUUUGCGCACCACAUGCAUGCAACUAAUUAAGUCAAAGGAUCCUAAUUAAAUUAAGGAGCAUACGACAUAUAUCCAUGCAUGCCUAUAGAGAGUGUAUGUUCAUAAGUCAAUAUAUAUGAGGAUAUACGACGGUACGUACGGUGACCGGCCAAGUCCUUAAGUCAUGCAACGAAAGGUACCUAUAGCUAGCUACAGUUCCCAGCAAAGAGCAUUGGUCUUGAUGCUAAUAUAACCUAUAGUAUGAGUUUGGUCUUGAUGCUAGCUAGUAUAACCUAUAUAUAGUAGGGUUGAAAAGGGCGAGUGGUGACAUGUCUGUGUCUUUUGAUGUAAACGGACUUGGUAUUCCUCCCUUUUUCCGGUUUUUCGAAUGAGAUAGUAUAUGAAUUAAUUUUGGGAUCAAUA